ACAAACAAAAAGGAAAAGACGCGACGUAUCGGAAGAGGCAGAUAGAGAGAGAGCAGAGGACGAAGAAGAGGAAGAAGAGGAGUGGCAGCGGAAUCGACAAGGACCAGGAAAAAGAAGAAGAUUACGCUCCUAGAGAAAAUGACCGUUUCCGCCGCAGUGGACCAAUACACGGUGCUGACCGGGGACCGUUCGAAGAUCAAGGACCUGCUGUGCAGCCGGCUGACGGAGUGCGGCUGGCGGGACGAGGUGCGCCUGAUGUGCCGCACCAUUCUGCUGGAGAAGGGCACCAACAACAGCUUCACCGUGGAGCAGCUCAUCACGGAGGUGACACCCAAGGCGCGCACCCUGGUUCCGGAUGCCGUGAAGAAGGAGCUCCUCAUGAAGAUCCGCACCAUUCUCACGGAGAACGAGGAGGAGGAGGCCGACGAGGAGAUGGAGGAGGACCCAUGAACUGAACCAUGAUGAUUUCCACGCAACACUACAGUAAUUACUCAGUUUUAUUUGUACGGUUUUAUACAUAAAUCCCGGCCAGGGAACGGAUACACAAAGUA